AUGGCAGCCGACCCGUUCCCUUCACUCGCUUCUCAUCGGAACGAAGUCCGCGACGGCCUCUUCCCCUCCUUUCCUGGCGAAAUGAGUCUGGCGUACGCUGGCGCCUGCCCUGAGCAGUCCCCCGCGUGCGCGCCUCCUCUGUCGGAUUUUUCCUCUCCACCGUCGUUCGCCUCUCCGCUUCAUGUGUGCGACCCCUACCUCCCCGUUCACGAGACCGCGGGAGCUCCACACACCUUCUGCUGCCGCCUGCUGCCCCCCGUCUCUCCCCACGCCGAAGGAUCGCGCGUCUCGCCCUUUCUGCGCAAGCAGGUGCGGCUUCUUUCUCCGCCCUCGUCCAGCCUGCUGCCCCCGAAUCUAUCGCCGCCGCUGAGCGCGUCGCUGGCGGUCGCGACCGAGCGUGACCUUGACGGGGUCGAUGCCGCCCUCCUUCCGCCUCCACAUCCGGCGAGUUUCCUCGCGGACGCCUUCGCCGUGUCUCCUCCUCAGGACGAGCGAGAGCGACACGCGGGCGCUGUUCCUGUCUGCUGCAAUCCUGGAGAGGUCUCGGGGCACAUCCGAAAACUGCGCACGGCGUCUGCGCCGCAGACAAGUGAGAAUGAGAACAAUGGGUGCCUCAGGGGGCGGCUCGAGCCGAGACCUUUGAUGGGCUGCGCGUCCUGCGGGUCGUAUGCAGGCGUGGCGUCUACCAACGAAGGGAGGAGAGAACGAGGCGACGCGCGGACACGAAGGCUUUCUUUGAUGUCGACUGAGGAUACGCAGACAACUUCUGGAAGCGAGGCCCUUUCCGACGCCCACGACCACUGCACUCGGCUUCGAGACGCACCCAUGCUUCAGAAGCGGGAACGCUCUGCGGAGGCCGGCGAUCUCUGUUGCCGUUCCAGUUCGUGGCCGCGGAUUCUUUACUCGCCCGACGAACUCUCUGCGACGAGCUCCCGCGCCACCUCUUCGAGCGACUUCCACCCACGCGCGCCUGAACCAUGCGGCGACGGCCGCGUGCCGCCGCUUGCGUCUGGUGGCGGGGCAAGCGAACCAGCCACUCUCGCGGAUCUGCUAACCCGAACAUCUGAGCAGGAGAGAGCAGGACGCCAUUUCGGCGCUGGUGUGCUUCACUACUCGGCCUUCAGCUCCACCACGCCUGGCGCGUGUCGAGACACGAGAGAGGGCGCCGAUGCAUUCCUGUCGCCUCCAUUCAGCGUCUUCUCACUGCCGGAGAGCGCCAGAGAGAGGCCCGGUUGCGGAGUCAAUCUGGUGGCGUCCCCUGCCCUCCCUCUUUCUGCAGAGCCGGCCGGCGCACCCGGCCCUGCCCCGCAGCUCUGUUUCUGUCCCCUCUUGGAGCCGCAGGAACUGGCGGCGGGCGCGGACCCUCCACAAGCCUCCACAGCGCACGAAGGCAGACGCCAAGACACAGCACAAAGCUCGUUUGGCAGCCAAGCUACUGGAGAGCUCGCGACAGGAUGCCGGCUAACGCCGUCUAUGCCUUCGCCGGGACAAGCGAUGGACCCGUGCCAAAGUGCACCGCGCGAUUUGUCGCAGCCAACGGACGCACUGCUUGCUCCCUUUCCGCCCGGAGCUUCCCCUGAGAGACUGCCGUCUCAGGGGCCCUGUCAUGGCGUCUCGCGCAUCACGCAGGACUCUUCACCGCCUCCCCUUCCAAGGGCGCACAGCUCAGGUGCAGUUUCGUCUCCAGUCUCGCUUCAGACGGCUCCCGUCCCAACGGGCCUCUCUCGCACUCCCUCGCUGCCGCAGAGCGCUGCGGUGGGACAUGUUUGUUUCAAAGCAGCGGAAGGCGCAGUAACUUUCUCCAAGUCACAGUGUGAGAAACCCUGUGAGACGCAAAGCGGCUCCGCCUGGUCAGCCAACUACGCCGCUGACGGAGAGCCUUGUGAACCCGUUUCGUCUUUCUGGAUCACCUGCGGCCAACACGGGCCUCCUGCCCGCCACGCAGCGCUGCAACCUAGCGUAACCGCGUCCGCCCGAGGGCCUUCCCAGACUCCUCUUUCCGCGGUAAGCGACGGAGGCGUCUCACAAGGAGUGGAAGGCCCUUCUCACGAAGGAGACAGCAUGCGAGGGAACGCGCCGGAACUCAUCCUUCUGGCCGCGGGAGCCGAACAACUUCGGAAGCACGCCACGCGCGAGUCCCUCACGCCCUCCAGCUCUUUGAUGCGAGAUGGCGUCCACGCGCAAAGCACCUCUUCGUCCGCUGCAGAAGGGACGGCUGCCGCCCUGUGUGUCUUUCGGUGCCUUCCGCCCGCACAGCAGCCUGCAGCUGUGCCGGCGUUUCACGUUGGCGUCCGGCUUACAGGUGCAGUGGGAGCUUGCAGUGCGGACGGAAUGGUAGUUGGCAAUUCUGCGCAUCUUGUCUCAAAGGUGGGUCUCAGGGGGCCUCAGUGUGGAAGCGGCGUUCCCGCCUUCUUCCAUACUGUCCCGAACCAGCACACUUAUUCCUUAUCGAUGCCGCAUGAGCCGCUGGCGGUGAAUUCCUCCAUGAGCAUCAACCCGCUCGCGUCCCCUCUGCAUGCGGGCAGCCAGUUGCCUGAGGACCAAAAAAGGAGAGUUCCACUUGGAGCAGCCUUCCCUUCCCCGCACGCUCUGACCAGUGCGACUCCGGGGCCUCCGACAGCAGGAGAAAACCAGGGCGUGCGAUUUCUGAGCGAGGCCGCCCCGCUGGGUACUGCCGGUUGGGUUUGCUUCGAGGCGCCCGUGUGCAGGACCCUGGGGGCGACCCCCUCUCUCGCGGGCCGGCGAGCCACGAGCUUGUCAGCACCGCCGCCUCCAGCCGCACUCGCCGCAGAGGGAGCACAGGGAGAGAAGAGUUGGGUAGCGGCGGGAUCUGAUUCAGCUCACAACAAGAACCCAGAGACGGUUCCAAGUGCCGGCGACCAACCUGAUACAGCCAACCAACAAAGUCCCGUCCGAGGAUCUGCGGAAUCUCCUCCCUUGGCGUCUGGCGCCGCCCAAAGCGUUCCCCCGUCCCAGCAUGUUCCACUCUCGCACGGCCUUCUCCACCAGGGCCCGCAACCACGCGUGAUGGGGGUCGAGGCUCCGUGUUCCUCAAGGAUGGGCUCUUUGCCUUCUGGCCAGAAGCCUCUUGUGGCAUCGCCGUCGCCUUCUCUGCGGGCCGUCAACGGGCACGAGUGCCGACAUCUUGACAUUCAUGCAAGCUCCUAUCUCUCGCCUGAUGCCCCCGCUCUUCCCUGUUUGCUGGGCGCGACUCCAUCUACACCGGGUGACCCGACCUCCCCGAGUAUGUCUCAACGUAGGGGGUGCCCGGCGCUUCGCUGGAACGCGACACGAGCGUGCCCACGCGGCAGCCCGCUAUUGUCAGGUCCUAAAGAGGACCCCGUGGCUGGCGCCCCUGCGGUCAUGGAAAGCUCCAGCGUGUCACACGCUUCGGGGAAAGGCGUGUCUCUAUCGCCUCCGCCGUCGGCGCCCGACGUUGGCGCUCCCCGCUCUCAAGGUCACUGCGCCGGUAGCUCCACCAGCACCUUCGGCGCUGCGGCCCCCACGGGGGAGGACCCGAGUUCGGCAACCGAGGCGCUCCAGAGAGCCCAAACAGAUCGGGCUUUUUCUGUUCUCUCGUCGCACGCCUCUUGUUCUCGACGCUUGUACACGCCCGCGGGGCGCGCCCAAGGCGCCGACCAGCCGUCUGCAGUCCAGGAGUUCGAGGGCCUGCGCGAGAAGGACGGCGGGGAACUUCCGCCUGAGGGCCGCGCAGCGAAUGGAGGCCUGCGGACUGAAGGUGAAGACUGCGGAAACAGGUCCCCCGCGGGUAUGGCGCGGGAAGGCGCCGCGCUUGUGGCUCUACGAUGCGACGGCGCACACGUGAUUCAUGCGACAGAGACGCCGCACACAAGCACGCAGACAGGAAACGCGAACGAAGAUCCAUCCUGGACUGGCCGCGGCAGCACCGAAGGGGGAAGCAUGUCGUCUACAAGUAACGCCGGCACGCCGAGAGACUGUGGAGUUCUCAAGGAGGCAGCUGCCUGCGAGCCACGCGGCACCGCGGACGCGAGAAGCAUCGAGCUGGAAAGUGCCUUCGCGCCGCCGGGAUACAGAGAGACAGGACCCGACUCCGCUGAUGCCGUGGCAGGCAAUCCCAUCUCCGCCUCUCCAGGGAACAGCCACGUACCUAUCCCGGCACCUGAAGUUCUCGCUGACGCCGCGAGCAGGCGGGGACCGUCUGUCAACACCUCAAAUGGCGGGAGAGGGGGCUCGUUCGGGUUGCCGUUCCAGCGGAACUGUACGUCUGCAGGUGGAACGGAGCUGCCCGAUGAAGGCAGCAGGCUGCCGAGUGCGGCGACCUCAGGCCCGGCCAAGACUCUUGGAUGCGGAAGGAACGCCUCUCCGUCUGACCCGUCACACUUUGAGGAGAGAGGUUUGCCAGCCACCAGCCAGUCCUUCGAGCAGAGCCCGGGUUACGGUUUCGCCGCGCCUCUCUCAUAUCCUCCUUGCUCGCCGCGACCCUCCUGUCUGGCUCCACAUGGCAGCCGCCGCCUCGGAGUGUCUACUCAAACAGGCGCAUCCGGUGCAGCGGCACAGGCGGCCGUCUCUCUCUGGCCGUCGAGCUCACCACCUCCGCAGGGUGGUAGUCCGUCUGACGAGGCGACGUGCGGGGCUUCAGCGCAUCGCGAGAAAGCCGGCGCAGACUGUGUCCGCCAAGCUUCCCGCAUAGGACGCGUUCGCCACGCAGCUCUCGGUACCACGAUGUCUCCUCCGGUGCCAAACUUGCACGAAAAUGUGAGCGAUCCCGCGCGAGGCGAAGGCACCGAAAACGGCCGGAUCAGACCCCACAGUCCUCAGGAGAUCUCCGCAGAAUCGCCCUCGAGGAAACGCCGACCGAGCUGCCGAAGGGAACACGAGCGGGAGGGCCCUCCAACCGGCAAACGGCGGGCUUCGAAAAGAGAGCUUAUUCCAGACGAAGAUGUCAGCAGCUCCACCCCACAAUUCGCUGGGGAGAGGAGAGGCAGCUUGGCGAGUUCGCCGACCGGAGCGACGGAGACCCUCGGUGGGCAUCUCUUCCCGUUCGAGAAGAGCGACACAGAACGAGCAAACAGCACCAAGAGCGUCGGCUUGGGGAUGCAGGAGGAGUCAGCUGGUCACGCGGGAGCUGCACAGGCCAGUUGCCGGCAACCGCCGCUUCAGCCGCUGUGCAUUCCUCCGAAAGAGGCCGCAGCGGGGGUACGCGACGCCAGCUCUGAUGCGACGCCAGGGGGGCGGUUCGCCUUUGACGGGAACAAGGGGCAUGGAGCUGCCGAUGUGUUCAGGCAUUCGGAGAAGCCAAGAUCUGAUCAACAAAGCAACAGCUUUGGAGAAUCCAACGGGAAAGCCGGCCACGCGAGGAGGACCUCCAGAAGCCGCCCGUCGACUCACAGCGACGCAGCACGCGGCCGCGUGCGCAGAGGCGCAGCGCAGGAGACAGUCAGACACAGCGAGGGAGCCCCAGAGCCGAUGACAGGCUCGCCCCUCUCAGUCAGCGACCCAGGGGCCUGGAAGGCUGCAGAACGAGAUGCGGCGCUGCCCCUCUUGGUGUAUCUGACGGUACCAGCGCCUGCCGAAGCGCACCCCCACGCUAUACGGAGUGCACAAGACAUGCAUGCAGUGGGUUGUGGAGACAGGGGCACGACGCGCGCGGCAGGCUCCCGCGUAGCGGGCGCCGAGUCAACAAAGCAAGAGUCAGCGGCUGCGAGUCCUCCGCGCGCUGCGGCGGGGUCGUUGGGCGUGCGGAGUGUGGGAAGGUACGGUACACCGCAGAGUGCAGCUCUGCUUGAGAAAACACAGCCCGACAACGGAGAAGACGAGACUCCCUCGACGGUCCUUCCGUCAGGUGCCGAGCAGGAGCCAAAAGACGAGGCGGCGCCUUCGCGUUUCAUGGCUUCGGGGGGUCGCCAAGUGCUCAAGCAGCCCAUGCGGGUCCGGCCGGCUGCCAAGGGACACCGGGGGCUCCAGAUCCGCCCGAAUCUGCCGGCAGCGGUUUCCUCUGCAAGGGAGAGGAAGCUCCGCUUUCGAGAUGCAGCACGGCAAGCCGUAGCGGGUCGCUCCCCGGCGUGCCAGCUGCGGGGAUGA